AUGUCACCAUCGCUACAUCCACAAUUCCGGGCAAAGGCCGUGUGCAGGCUAACGUGCAAGAGUUGUCUCUCGGACGUAUGCAUGCGUGGGAUGAAAGCCAUCCUCCUGGCCGACGCGAGAAUUGAGCUCUACUCCACAGAUCGACCACCGAAAGGAGUGCAGCUGGUAUAUGAUGACUACAGGACCCGGAACUGCAAAUGCCGGAUCCGCGAUAUCGCCUGUCUCGGCUGCGGAAGCACCCUCGGAUACCACGUCACCCAGCCUUGCGAAUCGUGCCUCGAGGCCUGUAACAAUGGACAUUUUUGGAUGUUUCAUUCGGAUGGUGUAUCGUGCACUGAGCGG